AGGAUUCCAAAGCUCUAUCUUUCUAAGAUCUAAACAUAGUAAAAAAGUAAAACCUCUCAAAAUAUCAAGUCAAAAUUUCCAGAUAAUAAUUAUUCAUUUCUUUUGGAUCAAAAUUGCAGUGAACCAGAAAAGCAGUCCAAAUGUUACCCAACAUAGAGAGGCAGGACUUAAAGUGUGCGGGUGAUUGCAGGGAAGCCGGAACUUUGAGGGCGAACAGGGAGAUCCUGUGGCGAAAUAGAGAGGUACCUGAUGUUAGAGCACCUCCGCCCACCAGUUCCAGUUCCAUAGAAAAAUCCGUGAAUGAUGAAAGGGCAGGAGAGGUUUUAACUUCGAUGAAAUCGUUUGAUCGGUUGAGGCAAAAGUUGCGCACAAGUUUCUAUCAAGACGGUAGGCGGAGAAAGAAAUGCAGCCAACUGAAACCACCUUCAAAGUCGACUGCAACACCUGCAGCAACACCUACAGCACCACAACCAUGCCCUUUGACUUCCACUACAAAAUCGAGUGAAGAAACUACGAGAACGACGUCCAGCCAGAAGAGCUCUACAAGAACACACCGCCAGGAGAUACAUCCUGGCAUUAAGAAGUCACACAGCCAGGAGACACAUCCUGGCAUUGAAAAGACACACAGCCAGGAGGUGGCCAAACUAAAGGAGCAGAUCGACCUUAUAAAAGAUGGCAUUCAUUCCUUACAGACCUGGAUACCAAUUUUGGAUGACCAGCACAGGCUUCUAGUAGAUGAGAAUAGGCAUCUUGACCGAGAGUCGUUCACCUCCGUUAACAAUACCCCAAAGGAGCUAAUCUCUGAGUGGGAUAUGCAGGAUGAUGAUCUCCCCGCAGCCUUACAGGAUCUCGAGCACAACAAGUGGGACUUUCGACGCAAUUACAGCAGGGAUCAUUACUGUGGCCUGCACGUGCACUUGGCCAAUAUGCUUCUAGUUCCAAAGUCAGAGACUUCCUUUCAUCUAAAUCAGCUGAGGAACUUAAAGACAUCCUUGCGUUUUAGCUUGGGGCAGUGGCGCCCAGAAUUUACUUCGGAAAAUAGGUCAAAGGACUUAGCAGCGGCUGAAUACUUAAAGCGAUCUCGGAAUCCAUCAAAACACUCCAAGAAUGUGCGUCGUCAGUGAAAGUGAGAGAUUUUCUUUAUUGAGAAAUUGUGCCUGUCAUGUGCUGCUGCGGCGACCCAAAAGAUCGUCGGAUCGGGGCUCGGAAUCUGAAAGAGAUUUGGGGUUUGUCGGAAAAGCUUUUAGCUGGGACAUCUUGUCUACGCGGAUAGGGCCAAACUAUGCUAAGCUAAAACAAAAGCCAUGUUUCUUCCAAACCACACACUUUUCCUCCCAAAGAGCUAUUAAUCGAAGUGCGACUGGCGGUUGUCAUGUGUGAGCUUUCUAUUGUGGCAUCUCCCUGGAAAGGUUAACCUCACCAGGUUCUUCACCAUCUUGGCUUUUACUUCUUUUUCGAAAGAGUGAUAUUUUUACUUUUGUAUGUGUUUGGAAAUAAAACUGAGUUCUAUUAUUUCUCGCAGUGAA